AUGCCACGCCGGUGUUCCAGGCGCCAUGGCGGUGCGGCCGCUGCCAGUGGGCCGACGGCCGUUGCUAACCAUGACCGGGCAAGCAGGCGUGCGCGCUGGGUCCGCAAGAAGAUGGUGAACCCGAGCAGGUCACUCAAGGGGAUAGAGAAGGGACGGGGGAAGCCCUUCCACGGCGAGGUCAAGCGCGGCGGCGCCAUGACCGACGAUGGCGAAAACGCGCAAGAUAGAGUUGGUGAGUUGCCUAAUUUAGUUGAGGACCUUCUCCAGACCUCGAUUAGCACAGGGCCUCGAGGCGCUUUCAGGAUGGCCCAAGGGAUCCAAGCUGUUCUUGGGGUUGGUGGGGAGUGGCUGAAUGACCUCUCAAAGACAGCCAACACGUCAGCAGGAAUUCCAUCUCAGAUGCAGCUUGGUUUGCUUUCUCCACUUUACCUUAGAAGGCUUUUUGAGCGCAUGGGUGCGACUUAUAUCAAGUUAGGCCAGUUUGUAGCAUCUGCACCAACUUUGUUUCCUCCAGAAUAUGUUGAGGAAUUCCAGAAGUGCUUUGACCGAGCACCAGCCAUCCCAUACAACGUGAUUGAAUCAAUAUUACGUGAGGAGCUGCAGCGGCCAUUGGAUAGUGUAUAUGAAUACAUUGAUCCAGUGCCAAUAGCCUCUGCCUCGAUAGCACAGGUUCAUGGGGCUAGGUUGAAGAGCUCUCAGAAGGAUGUGGUGAUUAAAGUUCUAAAGCCUGGUAUUGAAGAUACUUUGGUUGCUGAUCUGAAUUUUAUCUAUGUUGUUGCACGUGUUUUGGAGUUCUUGAACCCUGAACUACAGAGGACAUCACUGGUAGGCAUUGUCAAGGAUAUAAAGGAAUCAAUGCUUGAAGAAGUUGACUUUAGAAAAGAGGCUGCAAAUAUUCAGGCAUUCCAGGGAUACAUAGAUGCAAUGGGGUUUGACAGGCAGGCAAAAGCCCCAUUUGUGUAUCAGCACUGUAGUACAAAACGUGUGUUGACUAUGGAAAGAUUGUAUGGAGUUCCGCUUACUGAUCUUGAUUCUAUAAGAUCUCUUGUUCCUGAUCCUGAGUUGACUUUAGUCACUGCCCUUAAUGUCUGGUUUGGAAGCUUGAUUUCAUGUGAAUCCUUCCAUGCGGAUGUGCAUGCUGGAAACCUUUGGCUGCUCCGUGAUGGGCGAAUUGGUUUUAUUGAUUUCGGGAUUGUUGGUCGACUAUCUCCAAGGACUUGGGCAGCUAUGGAGGUCUUUUUGUCUUCUUUUGCAACUGAGGAUUAUGAUGCUAUGGCGUCUUCCCUUUCUGAAAUGGGCGCUACAGGGAAUGACAUAAAUAUUAAUGAAUUUGCAAAGGACCUGCAAAAGAUAUUCUCAUCGAUACAGGACUUGGAUACUGAAAUCAUAGUCGCAACAGCAAGGACCCCUGAUGCUACAGCAGUAUCAGCUAACGUUGUCCUUGAUGAGAGACAGAUGAAUGCUCUAUUUCUUGAUCUGGUUAGGGUAAGCGAGUCUUACGGGCUGAAAUUUCCUCGAGAGUUUGCUCUUCUCAUGAAGCAGCUUCUGUAUUUUGAUCGCUACACAAGACUGUUGGCUCCCAGCAUGAACAUGCUGCGAGACGAGCGGAUCAACAUCUCCACCAAUCGACAACCAAGAAGAACUGACAGAUUUUAG